AUGUCAUUAAGAAAAAGUCUCUAUAAACAGAGCUUGAGGAAUACUGCGUUUCCGCUAAAUACUAGUGACUCGAAUAUAGAGGACAGGUAUUGGAUAAGAGAUUGGUACCAUCCUCAAAAAGUCAGUAAGGAGACCAAUCUUUCUCACCAAAAUACUUUGUCUGCUCAAAGCCCUUCGGGCGUACUCACGCCUCAUGAAUCAACUCCUCAACCACAGCAGUAUCAUCAAUUGUCCCAGUCACAAACUCCACAACCUUUGAAAGCCUAUGGAUUCAAGGUAAAGGCAUGGAUUACUGUUGAAAGGGACCCCUAUAAAGACUGUAUUGACGAGGAUGACGAUACCGUUUUGUCAUUUAAAGACCAUCCUUAUUUGUCUAGUAUUUUGGCAUCCAAAGAUUUCUCUUCAAAUGGAACAGGUGGCUUGACUGAUGCUGAUAUCAAGUCUGCCGUAAGCGGAACAGGAGAUGGUAACAGGCUUUUUUCGAGCAGCGCGCAACAUGAGUUGCAAGGCUCAAAAAUCCUCGCUACUGACUCCCCGUCACACCAAGAAUAA